UUGGGGGUGUUUGUUUGAGGGUAGUAAAAAUAAUUCCAAGGAAUCUAAGGUUGGAAUUAAACAUUCCUUUGUUUGGUAAGUGGGAACCACACAAGUAUGUCCAGGAAUGCAAUUUUCCCAGGAAAGCCAUCUACCCACGUUUUCCCCCAUUUCUUCCCCACGUUCACCCUUUUUUCCAUCCCUUUUAUUCCCAUGAGAUAGCUUGGGAAAGUUUUAUUCCCAGGAAUUGGAAACCCAUGACCUUGAAUAAAAUACCAUAUUUGCCCUUGCCAUUCCCGCUAAAUUUUUCUCUGCUAUUCCCGCUAAUUUUUUCACCCAUGAUCUUCUAUAAAAAAGAAACCCAUGAUCUUUGUAGUGUUCAUCAACUGCUUGCUGUUUGAGUUUUGGAUUUCACUCUUCUCUUCAAGAUGGACGGGUCGUCUGAAAAUCAAAAUGUAAGAAUCACAAAGCGACAAUGGACUCCUGAAGAAGAUGGAGUAUUGGUGGAAGGUUUGUUGAAAUUAGUGGACGAGGGUUGGAAGGCUGAUGCAAACUCAUUUAAACCUGGGUAUACUAAAGCUUUGGAGAAAUAUAUUCACAACAAAUUCCCAGGUUGCACACUAAAAGCUACCCCACAUAUUGAAUCAAGAGUGAAAUUGCUUAAAAGACAAUAUUCUGCAAUCAAAGAUAUGUUGGGUCCAGGGGCAAGUGGUUUUGGGUGGGAUGAUGCUAAAAAGAUGAUUAAAGUAGAGAAGGAGAUUUAUCGUCAAUGGUGCAAGUCUCACCCUACCGCAGUUGGCUUGUAUAACAAACCAUUUCCACACUAUGAUAGCUUGGAUAUUGUAUUUGGAAAAGAUAAAGCAGUUGAUACUGUAACAGAAGAUAUCAUUGAUAUGACUAUUGAGAUGGAGAAGGAAAAUGUUCAAUCAACACAAGAGGGUGGAUCAGGAAUUAAUUUGAAUGAUGAUGAUGAUGAUGAGAAUUUUGAGUCGCAGAUGCCAGAAACACCCACAGCUAACACUACUGCUCCGGGUUCAAAUCCAACAAACCAGCCACAACAUGAUUCUACUAAUUAUAGGACCAGAAAGCGUGGGGGGAAAAGGGUGAAGUAUAACGAUGAUGCUUAUGAUAGCAUGUCAAAUUCAUUGAACAAAUUGGGUGAGAUUUAUGCUAAUGGUGUUGAGAAUAUGAAACAAGUCUUCACUUCUUGUUUUGUGCACGAGAAACACACAGCUGAUAGGAGGAACCAAAUUGUCUCUAUUUUAAAAGAAAUUGAAGGAUUGUCUGAUGCAGAAGUGGUAAUGGCUGGUAUGCUUAUCACCAAAGACAAUAACCUUUGCGACUAUUUUUUCACAAUGGAUACUCCUGGAUUGAGGAAGCGGUUUGUGGACAUUGUUUUGAGUAACAAUGGUUCUAGGUAGAAUUUAGAAUGUUCAAUACUUUUUGAAUUUGGUAAAAAAAACUCAGUAGCCGCUGUCUUUAAUUCCUUUUAUUAUUUAGUUGAAUCUAUUAUUAUGGUCUUUAUUAGUUGUAUAAUCACUUCGAUUAUACUUUAAAUUUAUUUACUCUAUUGGAUAUGUUACAAGUGCAACUUUUGAUUUAUUUUUGAAAAAGUGAUUUUGUUGGUCU